CGCGCGGCGACGCAGCCCCCCUCUUCCCCCCCGACCUUGCGCGUUUCCUCCGCAUUUCCUUCCUGCUUCCUGCCCGUCUCGUGUUUUCCUCCAUUUUCCAUGUUUUCUCCUCAUUUUAAGGUUUUUUAAACGAAUACAUUAAGGCCGAUUUCCUAAAAGCCGAAGGACGGGGGCCGCUGCUAUGCAUGGCAGGUGUAGCUUGUCGCGCGUCUUGCACCCCCGCCCCCCCGUCUACUGAUUUCGGCACGGCGGCUGUGUGGCUGGAGCUGUCCUCAUUACAGGUUCAGUGUUAAUCACCGCUGUACCAUGUUUAUGCAGUACUAUAAUAUGUAACUCUAAAUAUGAAAGACUGCGGUUAAUUCGUGGAUGAAAGCUCACGUUACGCCCCACGACGCCGUCAUCUGGGGAGGAGACGCGGAAAUCCGAGACAGGCGACGACGUUUCUAAUAAGAACAUGCUGUCGGAGAAGGUGGAACAGAUGAUGGAGUGGAGUUCCCGUCGUUCCGUCAUCCGCAUGAACGGCGACAAGUUCCGGCGAUUCGUCAAGGCGCCGCCCCGCAACUACUCCGUGGUGGUGAUGUUCACCGCACUGCAGCCGCAGAGGCAGUGCUCCGUGUGCAGGCAGGCCAAUGAGGAGUACCAGGUGCUGGCCAACUCUUGGCGUUACUCCACCGCCUUCUCCAAUAAGCUCUUCUUCACCGUGGUGGACUAUGACGAGGGCGCCGACGUCUUUCAGCAGCUGAACAUGAACUCCGCUCCCACAUUCAUGCACUUCCCCCCCAAGGGGAAGCCCAGGAGGGCGGACACCUUCGACCUGCAGCGUAUCGGCUUUGCCUCCGAGCAGCUGGCCAAGUGGAUCGCUGACCGCACCGACGUACAGAUCCGUGUCUUCAGGCCCCCCAACUACUCGGGCACCAUCGCCCUGGCUCUGUUGGUGUCCCUGGUCGGGGGCCUGCUCUACUUGCGGAGGAACAACCUGGAGUUUAUCUACAACAAGACGGGUUGGGCCAUGGCAGCACUGUGCGUGGUGUUUGCCAUGACCUCGGGUCAGAUGUGGAAUCAUAUCCGUGGGCCUCCGUAUGCACACAAGAACCCCCAGAACGGACAGGUGAGCUACAUCCACGGCAGCAGCCAGGCCCAGUUUGUGGCCGAGUCCCACAUCAUCCUGCUGCUCAAUGCUGCCAUUACCAUGGGGAUGGUUCUUCUGAACGAGGCGGCGACCUCCAAAGGGGACGUGGGAAAGAGAAGGAUUAUCUGUCUGGUCGGUUUGGGCCUGGUGGUCUUCUUCUUCAGCUUCCUGCUCUCCAUCUUCAGGUCCAAGUACCAUGGAUACCCGUACAGUUUCCUCAUUAAGUAAGCGGGAGGCGCUAUCCAGCCAUGUCCCAUCUACCUGCUGCCUGCGUCACCUGCUUUGGAAGCAGUUUAUGUUUGUAUUUCAACCGUGUAACGUUAUUCAACACCUAAUAAACAUCUGGCUGACUCCUGUUCCACCA